AUGCUUUUUCGAUCGUUGCUGGACUGUAAUCAAGUCGACUUCAAGAGCGCCGGGAGAACUUCAAGAGCGCCGGGAGAACUUCAAGAGCGCCGGGAGAACUUCAAGAGCGCCGGGAGAACUUCAAGAGCGCCUGGAGAACUUCAAGAGCGCCGGGAGAACUUCAAGAGCGCCGGGAGAACUUCAAGAGCGCCGGGAGAACUUCAAGAGCGCCGGGAGAACUUCAAGAGCGCCGGGAGAACUUCAAGAGCGCCGGGAGAACUUCAAGAGCGCCGGGAGAACUUCAAGAGCGCCGGGAGAACUUCAAGAGCGCCGGGAGAACUUCAAGAGCGCCGGGAGAACUUCAAGAGCGUCGGGAGAACUUCAAGAGCGCCGGGAGAACUUCAAGAGCGUCGGGAGAACUUCAAGAGCGUCGGGAGAACUUCAAGAGCGUCGGGAGAACUUCAAGAGCGUCGGGAGAACUUCAAGAGCGCCGGGAGAUCUUCAAGAGCGCUAGGAGAACUUCAAGAGCGCCAGGAGAACUUCAAGAGCGCCGGGAGAACUUCAAGAGCGCCGGGAGAACUUCAAGAGCGCCGGGAGAACUUCAAGAGCGCCGGGAGAACUUCAAGAGCGCUAGGAGGACGACAAGAGCGCUAG